AUGUAUUAUGUAACGGCCCUCAAUGCGGCCGACGAGUUUUCUAGGAUCUCCUUCGUUCACGUGCCGCGCACCGAAAACCAUGAGGCCAAUGAGAUGGCCCAGGUAGCGUCAGGUGUGAACAUUCCGGACAGCGACCACGACUGCGUGAUAAGAAUAGAGAAGCGUACCCUGCCGGCUUUGGCCGAGCGAGGAAUGAUGACGCAAGUAUCAUUGGCCGAAAUUAUCGACGAGGUCGAAAUGGCCGAAGCCGACUAG